AUGUGGCACAGGGGGAAUAGGAGGUGGUGUCCUGGUACAUUUAUUCCAGUGCCUGAAUCAGCUGGGUGGAGUAGGGUUUCUCAUGCAGAAGAGGCUGCAAUUCACCCUCAGGUCCAACUUUGCAUAGGAAAGCUCAAGCCUACCACAAAACAUCUGUUUUCCUGUUUGAAGUGUGAAGAAGAUGAAGGAGUCCAUUCCCAGUUCCAGGCUCUGCUGGCUGAAGUCAGUGAACCUGGACCAGGCUGCUGUCUCACCAUUGCCAACAGGCUUUUUGGAGAAAUUACUUAUCCAUUCUUCCAGCAAUACUUGGAUUCCACAAAGAAAUUCUAUCGAGCAGAACUGGAACCAGUAAAUUUUAAAUACACUGAAGAAGAAGUCAGAGACAAAAUUAACUUCUGGGUUGAAAAUGAAACAAAAGGCAAAAUCAAAGACCUAUUUGCUGCUGGUUUUAUUGAUCCCUCUACUGUACUUGUCCUGGUCAAUGCUAUAUAUUUUAAAGGAAAGUGGGCAGUAGAAUUUAAGAAAGAAGACACUAAGGAAGCAUUUUUCCACCUGAACAAGAACGAGAGAAGGAAAGUGCAGAUGAUGUUUCAAGAAGGAUAUUUUAACAUGGCCAUCAUAGAGGAACUGAAAACAAAAGUCAUAGAGCUCCAAUACUUCAAUAAUGAACUGAGCAUGUUCAUUCUUCUUCCUGAAGAUGACUGUGAGGACUUUACUGGACUAGAACAGCUUGAAUGUGCCCUCACCUACGAAAAGCUCGCAGAAUGGACCAGCUUGGCUACGAUGCAACCCCUGAGAGUGAAGGUGUUCCUGCCCCAGUUCAAGAUGGAGGAAAGUUAUGUUCUCAACAACACUCUCCAGGAGAUGGGAGUAAUGAAUGUUUUUGACUGGGGAAAAGCUGAUUUGUCAGGAAUCUCUAUGAAAGAUGGCUUGGCUGUGUCCAAGGCCAUCCAGAAGACAAUUGUGGAAGUCAAUGAAGAGGGCACUGAAGCAGGAUGUUCCACGGGGCUUCUUGCAAUGCCUCUGUGUUGCCCAGUAACUUGUGAGUUCAGAGCUGACCAUCCAUUCCUCUUCUUCAUCAGACACAACCAAACCAACACCAUUCUCUUUUUUGGAAGGUAUUCCUCUCCCUAAGUGGAGGUUAUAUUGGAAAUUAGAUCUUUCUCCCCACUUACAUCCCAACUGGCAAACAAUAAGGAUAAAAAACAAAACAAAAGAAAUUUCUCUAGACUUUAUCCUAAAGUCUAGUUUGGUGUAAAUAAAAAGAUUAUCUGAGAAGAUGCAAAUUAAAGAUAAAACCCUAAACCCCAUGAAUCUUAGGCAUAUUUUACUUUUAGAAGACCUCAGGAAAAUGACAUAUACCUUAAAAUACACUAUGAGGUAUUUGCCAAAAUGCCGUAGUCCUUUAGCGGUAUCUUCAAAGAAAAUUUUAUUUUGAGCCUUUCCUAAUGCAGUAGGGAUCCAUUAAACCCAUGAGUUUAGUGCCUAGAAGAUGAGUGAUACCUUCUCUCACAUGAAGUAGACAGGAGGAUAGGGACCUGCAUUAAAAGCAUAACCUCAGGCACUUGGUCUCUUUUAGCCUUACCUACCUAAGGUCUCAAGGAAAAUACCACUUUAUAGGGGAGCAUCAAAAUAUUCCACUACGGCCUCCUAUUAAAUACUGACUGGGGGCAGUGUUUCAAACUGGAGCCCUCAGGGUUUAUUCUCAGAGAGCAGAGAAGACAGAAGAUUUUCUGGUGUAAUUUUGCUUGUUCUCAAGAAGGGCAGACCCAUUGCUUUUUUUUUUUUUUUUUUUAUGGGUGAAAAACUCUGUAUGUGUGACCAAGUUCUCCAACUUCCUCAUAAACUCCCACAUAACAAAACCAGGGUUUCAGAAUAAUGGAACAAUUUUCUGACAAGGCCUGUUCUGUGAUGGCUGGGAAUGAGACACAUAAUUCCCACAUUAAACUUGAAGUAGUCAUGAGCUAUUCUCACUUCUAAGAGCCAGCUCUGUUUUGGGCCUCGGGUAGCAUGUGUUUCUUGUUCCAGCUAUUUUAUUAAUCAAUAAUAUAAAAAAAAAAUUAAAAAAUCUAUAGUGAUGUUUUUUAAAUGGGUAGUAUGUGUUUAUUAUUUAUUAUUAUUAUUACAAUUUAUCAUGAUAAACUCACUGCAAACUAAAUAGUAAAUAAAGUAGUCUGCUGAAUUAAGUAAACAGAGGAAUAGUCUAAUAUAGUAAGUAAAAAUAAUGGCAAUCCUUUCCAAAAAUGUAAAUGACACUGAAGUCUACCUCCCACUCUUGAAUAUUCACCAUGUUGAGUUUAGACACUGGACAAUUCAACAUUAGGGUACAUAAACUCUGAAUCUUCUCCCUCUUUUACAUGACCACUAUUAGUUGCCUGACUUGGGGUUAAGCAGUUCUCUGGGAAGCAAAUCAAGAGGAAAAUUCUGGUGAAGCCAAUUUUCUUGCUUAUGAUCUAGUUCCCUAAACCACCUCCUGGAUGUUGUGGAGUAGGUGGUGAGAAGGAAUAGCACAGGGUCACAAGAAUGGAGCAGUCUGCCCAGUCUGGCAGUAGGUAACGUCCAAAAUCCACAGAUACAUUAAGAGUACUUGCUUUUAUGGGAAAAAUAUUCCAGCCUUUGAUGAAUCACUUCUUUUCUUGUUACUCGCUGAUGGGAAAAAGGUAAACACUGGGAGCAUACUGGUGCCAUUGUAGAACUAAUGAGUCAAUGGGGUCUUCCAAAUGCUGAGAUAUGCAGGAAAAAUUACAGUAAAUUACAGUACUCAACAUAAAUUGAACUGCUGAAAAAAGCAGACCCAUUAUAGUCUGGAGAAACUUCAUAUGGCUGCAAAUGCAGUAUGAAAUACAGCCUGAAAUAAUUAAAUUGCCUGUACAGACAGUUUUCAUGCCAUUAUCUGGUAAGAGAACACAAAAAACAGGUUGUUAGCUCUUUGAUAAAUAAAGUAUUCAAAAAACAGCUAUACAUGUUUUUCAACAACUGCCAUUGGAAUUUUAUGUAAAUCUGGUUUGUCUCUAAUCGAAAUUACUCAGG